GAGGAGAAGAAGGAGAAGGAGAGAGAAGAAGGAGAAGAAGUAGAGAGAAGAACCGGAACAACAACAACAUGACCGGAACCACUUGCCGAUUGCAGAAAAAAAAAAAUUGUAAUAUUGACUGAAUUACGACACCAACUCCGUCCCAAACAUGUUAAGCCUGGAGACCCUCGAGAGUCAGAUAUCUGCUCUGAUGGAGGCCGAGGUGGAGGUGACGGUGACGGAGCUCCGCAGACUUCUGGAGGAGUGCUCGGCCAUGCCGGCCGCCCGGCACCGCGCUGCUCCUCCGGUGUCGAGGGUGAAGAGCGAGGACGAGAGCGAAGUGACUCCGGCGGAGGAGAGGCGCCCGUUUAAUGAAGCCGUAACGGGCCAGUUUGCAUCCCUCAUGGAAACGUGGACCAAAGGUGCGGUACGGAAAAUACUGACGAUGUUGAAAGGGUCCGUGUGUGAGGCCGAGGACGGUCCUGGUGCAGAGCGGAGGUCUGGGCCCGAUGGCGAGACCAAACGGGCGAGCGCCAAGACGAGAAUGGGGCGACUGGCCGGGCCGAAAAGUCAAUCUGCGACAAGAAGCUCUCGACAGAAGAGAAAGAAAAUGGAGGGAGGAUCCAAGCCGGCACCGAAAAAGCCGAAUGACCACAUAUAUUACAGAGAAGAGCAAAAUCCAGAAGAACCAACAACAGCAGCGGAAGACUCUGAAUCAGUGACCACACCUGCGGAUGCGGCCACACGUGAGAGUAACUCUGGCUCUCCGUCUGUACCUGACGCCAUGUCAACAGAGGCCGCCUCCGAUGUGAGCGAGGAAGAGGAUACAGGCUCUUUGACUGCCGCAUCCAAAAUGAAGAAGAAGAAGAAGAAGACCACAGUGCCAUUGAACUGCCCUACUUGUGACAAAACCUUUGCCCUGAAGUGUAUGCUGGACAGACACCACCUGACUCACACCAAACCACACCUCUGCGCCGAGUGCGGGAAAUGCUUUUCUGAGAAACAGGGGCUCGUUGCGCAUUCCAGGAGCCACACCGGGGAGAAGCCCUACGAGUGCUCCGACUGCGGGGUAGAGUUUGCCUACAAAUACACCUUGGCCCGUCACAUGCGCCGGCACAGCCUGAAGAAGCCGAGCGCCCGCACGUGCGCGCUCUGCGAGAGCCAGUUCAGCAGCGCGCUGGAGCUCCAGCGGCACCGGUGCGGCGCCCUGAGGAAGACGUUCGUCUGUUCGCUCUGCCUCGAGGCCUUCGAGUGCAGGAAGAGCCUGGCCGAUCACGAGAACCUCCACUCCGGAGUCCGAGACUUUGUCUGCGAGGUAUGCGGCGAGAGCUUCUUCUCGUCCUCGUCCCUGACCACCCACCGGGUGACCCACGGCCAGAAGGACGACUGCUGCGACGUGCUGGGCCUCGGAUCGAGCGACGCCGGCGUCCUCAAGAGUCACCUGAGCAAGCACACCGGGGAGAAGCUCUUCUCCUGCGAGGUCUGCGGUAAAGGUUGCAGCCACCGGAGCGCCCUGAAGCACCACAUGCUGACCCACACGGGAGAGAAGCCGUACGUCUGCGAGACCUGCGGCAAGCGCUGCGGCCACGCCAGCGCGCUCCAGAACCACAUGAGGAUCCACACUGGGAGGAAGCGCGGGCAGCAGCCGGUCUGCGGCGUGUGCGGCAAGAAGUUCCGCUGCACGGUCAAUCUCAAGUACCACAUGAGCAUCCACACGGGGGUGAAGCCGUACGCCUGCGACCAGUGCGACAAGAAGUUCAGCAACCCCAGCAACCUCAAGAUCCACGCGGCGAUCCACUCGGGGGAGAAGCGGUACGGCUGCAACAUCUGCGGCAGGCGCUUCACUCAGUCCAUCGGCCUCAAGCUGCACAGGCGGGUCCACACGGGGGAAAAGCCGUAUUUCUGCGCGGCCUGCGGCAAAGGGUUCAUGCACUGCAGCGACUUCAAGAAACACCAGAGGGGUCACCUGCCAGAGGAGCCGACUGAAAAUACUGCCACGAAAAACUAAAGCUUGUCAUCGGCGUACUUGUACGCUUACGUACUCUACAUGGAAACGGGGCAAUAAAUGCUGUGAGGUCAUGUGUUGGAACAUUGCAGACUUCAUUGCAAGUAUAUAAUUAUCUAGAUUGGCCAAAAACAGUGAAACCCUGAAACACUCAGCAGGGCUCGACGGUCAUUGGCUCUUCAGCUGUAUGUGGGAGGGGUUUCAGGGUCAGACUGGAGGUCAUCUAUGAAGAACUUGAUAAAAGGUGCGCCCGCUGCUAUUUUGUACACCAGUAACUGUGGUUGCCCAAGUUAACUAACAACCCAAAUUCUGCAAAGUAUCAGAUAAAAACACAAAUUUCAAAGAAUUUUGUCUGGUUACUAUAAUAAAGCUUUUAUUAUUCAAUGUGGCAUUUUCACUAUUAAGGCGUCUAACCAAGAUUACGAUAUUGUAACCCUAGUUCUGUGAGCACAGGCUCUGCCAUAGAGUCCAGUAGAGGGUGGAGCCUGUUUGAGUCUGAACUGGAUAGUUUCUUGAUUACACAAAAUGUAAGGUGACUAAAAAUGGAAACAAUAUUUUCAGUCAUGACAACCAGACGCUGUUGCCUUUUUAAGUCUACACCAGGAAGUUGAGCCAUCCAUUUGUGUUUUUUCAAGUUAGAUUCUUUGUUUGGUUUGGUUUGGUUACUUUAUUGUAGCACCAAGAUUUCUCUUCGUCUGGCCUAAAAAGCCCAAACACAUCCAAACAGCCGCGGAUCGCGUACCAGUUAACGUGACUGCCUCCAAAAUGUCCCCAAAGUUACCACUGUGGUCAAACUGACUUCUGAAAAGGUGAACGCAUUAAAGUUUGUUCUUCACCAGUAAA